AUGGGUGCCGAAGCGCCUUCCCGCCAUGGGGAGUCCAUCACCCCGGCUGAACAGCCGAGCGGCGAGUCAUCCUUCCAAAAUAGUCCUACUGAGAAGCCCAUGCAACCUGUGGGCAUCGAUACCCCAAUCCCUUGGAUAACCAUGCGGUCCUUGGUGAUGGCCCUCUUUGUCUCCAUGGGUGGUCUGCUGUUUGGAUAUGACACGGGUCAGAUUUCCGGCUUCCAAGAAAUGAGCAACUACAAGGAGCGGUAUGGUGAACUCAACACAGAAGGUUCCUACGAAUUCAGCACCGUGCGCUCCGGUCUUAUUGUCGCCUUGCUAUCCAUCGGUACCAUGAUCGGUGCCCUCGUUGGAGCCCCCGUCGCUGAUAUGUUGGGCCGGAAGUGGUCAAUCACUCUCUGGUGUAUGAUCCUCAACGUUGGUUUGAUUGUUCAAAUUGCCUCUCCCGCGGGUCACUGGUACCAGAUGGUCGUUGGCCGUUGGGUCACUGGUCUCGGUGUUGGUGGCUGCUCACUGCUCGUGCCCAUGUACCAGAGUGAAAGUGCCCCCCGUCAUAUCCGUGGUGCCAUGAUCAGUUGCUACCAGCUUUUCGUCACCCUCGGUAUCUUCUUGGCCUACUGUAUCAACCUGGGUACUCACACCAUGGAUGGUACUGCUCAGUGGCGCAUCACUCUCGGCAUCACCUUCAUCUUCGCUCUGGUCCUCGGCGGCGGUAUGGUUUUCUUUCCCGAAAGCCCACGUUAUGAGUUCCGCCACGGAAAGGCCGAGAGUGCCCAAAGCACCCUGGCCAAGCUCUACGGCAUCCCGGAGAACCAUGUCCGCAUCUUGGAAGAAAUGGGCGAGAUUCGUGAGCAGUUUGAAGCGGAGUCUGAUGGCCAGAAGUGGCAUGAAUUCCUCACUGCCCCCUGCAUGUUCUACCGUAUUGCCCUUGGCAUGGUCCUGCAGUCACUGCAGCAGCUCAGUGGUGCUAACUACUUCUUCUACUAUGGUACUACUAUCUUCGAAGGGGCUGGUCUCUCGGACAGCUUCGUGACCCAGUGCAUCCUCGGCGCUGUGAACUUCGCCACUACAUUUGGAGGCUUGUAUGUCGUGGAAAACUUCGGUCGUCGCAAGUCCCUGAUAUACGGAGCGAUCUGGAUGUUUGUCAUGUUCAUGAUCUUCUCGUCCAUCGGCCAUUUCGUUCUGGAUGUGGAAACACCCACCAACACCCCCAACGCCGGUAAGGGUAUGAUUGUCGUCGCCUGCCUAUUUAUUGCGGCAUAUGCUAUGACCUGGGGUCCCAUGGUCUGGGCUAUUGUCGCAGAGCUCUUCCCCUCAAAGUAUCGUGCCAAGGGUAUGGCCCUGGCUACCGCAACCAACUGGCUGUGGAACUUCCUCAUCAGCUUCUUCACAACUUUCAUCACCAAGGAGAUUGAUUUUGCCUACGGAUACGUCUUCGCUGGUUGCCUUUUCCUAGCUAUUGGCGUCGUCUACUUCUUCGUCAUUGAAGGAAAGGGUCGCACACUUGAGGAGCUUGACUGGAUGUAUGUCAACAAGGUUGUCCCCUGGAAGAGCAGCAGCUUCGAGAUUCCCGAACGCCACCAGGACUGGAUCGCGGAAGAGAAUCCGUACGGUCGCAAGUCACGGGGAACCAUUCACGCGGAGAACGCGUGA